CGGAGAGGCGGGUCUGAAGCAGCCCAGGACGGCCACCUCCACAGCGUGUCUGAGCAAAAUGAACCAUGGAUGAGGAGGUCGCCGAAAGUUGGGAGGAAGCUGCUGACAGUGGGGAAAUGGAAAAACGGUUAGAAGAGAAGCUAAGGAUCAGCCAGAAAGAAAAGGAGUCCAGUAACAAUUCUUCACGAUCUCCACUGAAGACAACCAUGGUGAUACAGGACGAAUCUCUACCAGCAGCACCCCCACCUCCGAUACGCAUUUUGAAGCGGCCUGCAAGUAACGGUUCGCUGGGGUCACCCUUGAAUCAGAACAGACCCACACCACAGGUCAAGUCUCUGGCUCAACGUGAGGCUGAGUACGCUGAGGCCAGGAAGAGAAUAUUGGGCAGUGCCUGCCCAGAGGAGACGCCUCAGGACAAGCCCAACACUGACAGGCCAGGGCGCAAUAACUCUACAUUGCCUUCAGAGGACACCCGUUCAAACAAUCACACUGUCCGGCAGCCAGCCGGUCCAGACGGCACCCAAGGGUUCCGACAGCACAGAUAAAUGGGCCCUCGGGGCCCACCCAGCCAUCGAGAGGAGAGAAACCAAGGGCCUCCUGAGAGCAAAGACAGCACUGUAUUCUUUACCUUCCUUCCUUCAGUUCCAUUAUAUCAGAUGGGCAGUGAAUGCAGCCACACUGCUGUGUUCAGCUCCUCCCACCAGCAGUCGUGUGGAACUGACAGGGAGCGAGGAACUCCAGGAGGAAGUCAAUUACGCUCUUUUCUCUCCCCAAUCCAGUCUGUUUGACACUGUGAUUAUGGACAUCUUCUGGACUCACUGUGAUGAUCCCUUUAAGAGACGCCCCUCGCCUCCAUCUCUCUCCUCCUUCAGUCCCCAGCAGCUCCGUCUCAGGACACCUGGAAGGCAGAAGCAAAGACUUUAUCCAAGGAUGGCAGAGAGAGGAGGAGGCGUGACGGGCCUUAGCAAAAUGAGAUGAGCUGGUAUUUGUGCAGCAGUUUCUCCCCAGCAAUAAUACCACACAUCACUUCUCACAGCUGUUUUUUUUUUUUUUUUAAUUUUUAAUUUUUCAGAUGUUGGCUCACUAAAUUUUUAUCUUUUGGGGGUUGCUCUGAUAUUUACCGAG